UUCCCCCUCGUCCGCUUGCUUGCUCGUUCAUCCUUGGGGGCAAGUGAUUCCAACCUACUGUCUUGUGUGUGCAUCUGGGGUACGUUCCCGCCCUUACCAUAGCCAUUGCACCAUUCGGGAAAAAGACAAAGUUCCAUCAGGCUCACCCUGAUACCCACCGUCCCGGUGCGUGUUGUCCAUUUUCCGUGACCCAUUACUCGAAACACCAGAGACCUCGAUCUCUUUCCACGUCCUCAACAGAGUUCCCUCUAUAGGGUCACGUAGCGCUACCCACUUGAGUAAAAAGGACUUUGCCGUACUGAAUAUCAAUCCAAAGCUUGCAAGUUUGCCUUGGGGAAAUCCGGUUGUCGGCCAGCGUUGAAGCACCGCGCUCCCAAACGAUUACCUUGCGAGAGGAUCGCCCCCUUACUCAGAAUUGGCGACCAUUAUCCUUUGCAGCGGUCCGGUGACCUGCAGUGAACAUUUGAGCACAACGACUGCGAGUGACCAUUAACUGUAAGAAUGGCCACGGUUGCCACGGCUUUCCGCGAACCAGCGUCCGUGGGAUUGAAACGAGAAUCCAACUCUCCAGUGGCGGAUGGAGAACAAAGGACGGAAAAUAGAGAAACUACACAAGCGCAGUCUGUUGAGUCAACGACGUCACAGUCUGCACCUACACGAAUCGGUCUACUAGAUUUUCCUCCCGGUGUUUCCCCCUCACCUCUGCCUACUAUUGAUCAGACCCCCAAUCGUUUUCUCCAAAACUGCACGAAGCUGGAUUUAGAACCGAAUCCUUUUGAAGUUAGCUUUCUAGCACAGCAAAAUGGAGCUCCGAUACCAGAACCGCCCUCUGGUGUUGGAUUUGCAUCAAGUCCAAAUCCAAUCUUACCGCCGCUGGUACCGAGUCCGCGUUUCAAUGGACCCUUACUCACCCCAAUCAGCGCGGCAUUAGCGUCCUUGGGCGCCCCGAUCACCACUGGACCAAACGCUAAUAUCAGUGCUCCAGCAGAAGCGAAUGGAGGUGGACCACAUAUUCCCCCGGCCUCCGAAACGUACACCUCAGCUUCGACUAACAGUGUAGUACUUGGACCGCACGCACCGUACUCCUACCCUGGUGCUGAUGGAUCAGCCAUUCCUAUGGGUCCAGUGCAUACAGGUACGGCCGUUGCGCCGUCAGAAGCAGCCUUCGCUCCUCCAUCAGGUGCCGCUCCGGCUAUGCCUGUGUAUCCUUCACACAAUGAAAUCCCCCCGGCUGCGCAAGGCAUGUAUGGCCCCUCACCAUUCCGGCAUGCCGCAUACGCCAAUGGAAUUGAUCCGAUGCUGUCAAUGCAAUAUCCUCCCCACUCCCCUCAAGCAGCAGCUGCAACCUUAUUAGAUAUGCGUCGAGAUCAGGAUCGCUCGCGACAGCGUCCAGCAGGACAUGAUCGAAGCUCUUGGGCUCCGAUGCCGUCUCAGGAGCGCGAAGUACCCCCUAGUGUGCCUCGUAAGCGGUCGGUGGAGGAAGAGGAGGGAGAAAUGCCAGGUUCAGCAAAGAGGACAUCCCCACCAUCUAAGGCGCGCCGAAGAUCAAAUGCCAGUAACGUUGCAAAGAGCGUGCCACCAGAAGAUUCACCUGAGCAGUUCGAUGAUAUGAAAAGCGACAAAAAGGUCGAAGAUAUGGAUCCCGAGGAAAAACGACGAACGUUCCUGGAACGAAACAGACAAGCUGCGCUGAAAUGUCGGCAAAAGAAAAAGCAAUGGCUCCAAAGUCUGCAAGCCAAAGUUGAUUUUCUCACAACAGACAAUGAGAAUCUGCAAAAUCAAGCGACCCAGCUGCGAGAAGAGAUAUUGAAUCUCAAGACCCUACUAUUGGCUCACCGAGACUGUCCAAUUGCAAAGCAGAACGGUCUCAACCUUGCUGCCAUAGAAGCCACUCUCCCUAUAUCAAGCAUUCAAUCAUAUUCCGCACAUCGUCUGUACUAG